GUCACGUUGGAUAUUAACAACACCGGAUUAUCGAGAGAACCUCUUAAAUUCUUUCUUCCUGGCUGUUACCCGGUUCCUACUAUUCCAAACUCACCUAAACUUGGAAAGAUGGGAGGUCUCUUGUUCCCUGUAGUAUGCGCCGCUCCGCUACCCAAAGAGGUCAUGGAUCGCUUCAUUGAGGAUAACGGCGUCGAUGCGGACAAUUGGAGACUUGUUUUCGUGGACAGCAUUGACGACUAUUACGACAAGGCAUCAGAGGCACCAAUGGAGCACGGAAGCAACCCAAACUCUCCAUUUAUCGGAAAGACGCCUCAAGAAUGUCACCAACUGCUCUUGAAGCUUCGCGAGGACACGGGGUCGAAAAUCAUGACCGACGUUUUUGCCAUUAUGGACGAGAGGUCAACACAAGACGACACUGUACUACUCGUAUGUGCAGAGAGGGAUCUUGACGGCGAGCACCAAGUCUUGGCUAUGCCGACUGUCCGUGCUACCUUCCAGGCUUCAGGUAGCGCGCUAAUUUUAUAUGAAACGGGGCACAGCAGCGUAGACGAGGAUGCCGAACGUGCUGCAAGCGAAGAAGACAAUGUCUAUCGCGGACAGUGGUCCACUAUCACAUAGUUUUUCCUGAGACAAUGAAAAUUAGUAAUAAUGAGGAGAUCAUCUUCGU